AGAGUAAAAUGUAAAACAAAACCGGACCGGACGUUCCCAUCCCAUCCCAUCCCAUCCCAUCUGAUAUCUCCACGCAAAGGCAGGGGAAAGAAGCGUAGACUAGACUCUUUGUUGUCUGUCUUCCCUUCCCUCGAUCAACGAGAAGCCCUCCGACGACACGUCGCAGCGCCUCCUCCUGCGGACCACCUCUUCCCUCCCCUUACCAUAGCAUGAAUGAUCCCUCCUCCUAGUCCUCCGUGGUCGUCGUCAUCAUCUCACUUUCACUGCCUUCAGAUUGAUGGAUCGAUUGAUUGAUUGAUUGAUUUCCCAUCAGUCAGUCAGUCAGUCAGUCAAGUCCACCUCUUCCUCUGCUUUCUCGAGGCUCGGCCCCGCUCCGCUUGAGCUCCCUCCGCCAACGCCAACCCCAACCCCAACCCCAAGAUGAUGGGCGCCGAGAACCAGGGUUUCGAGGAAGCACACCUCUACGCUUCCAAGGAAGAGAUGGAGUCUCUCGUCCUCGAUGAGCCCCCGUCUCCCAACGCCAACGGCAACGGAAACGCCAACAGCAAAUCCUUCUCCAAUUACCGCAGCGCCAUGUCCUCCCUCCCCGAUUCCCACCACCCUCUCUCCGCUUCCGCUUCCACUUCCGCUUCCACUUCCGCCCUGGCGAUCCCUGCCGACUCAGAUCCAUUGCUCGCCCCCCCUCCCUAUCCCGAGGAGCUCCAUAGCCCUACCUCCCACGACAACUCCUCCUACAUCGAGCCCCCCUCCUACGCCGACGUAAUCUUCAGCCCUUUCGAUGGGGAAGACAUCAACGGCCUGGAGAGCCCUAGCAGGACCUCCGACAUUACUCCCGCGAGCUUCUCUCGAUCUUCGUCCUCCACCGGCGAGUACAUCAGAAUCACCGUCUCCAACCCCCAGAAGGAGCAGGAGACCUCCAAUUCCAUCGUCCCUGGGGGUAACACGUACGUCACCUAUCUGAUCACUACUAGGACCAACAUACCCGAGUUCGAGGCCACCGAAUUUAGUGUCAGGAGGCGAUUUAGAGAUGUGGUCACGCUAUCCGAUAGGUUGGCAGAGUCGUACAGGGGAUUCUUCGUCCCGCCGCGCCCUGAUAAGAAUGUCGUGGAGAGUCAGGUGAUGCAAAAGCAGGAAUUCGUGGAGCAGAGAAGGGUGGCGCUGGAGAAGUACUUGAUGAGAUUAUCGGAGCAUCCCAUGAUUCUGAAGAGCGAUGAAUUCAAAGUGUUUCUGCAGGUUCAGGGUAAAUUACCGCUCCCAACGAGCACAGAUGUUGCUUCGAGGAUGCUCGAUGGAGCAGUCAAGCUUCCAAAGCAGCUGCUGGGGGAGACCGUGGUGGCACCCCAUGAGGUCGUGCAGCCGGCUAAAGGGGGGAGAGAUCUGCUGAGACUGUUCAAGGAGCUCAAGCAAUCGGUGGUUAAUGAUUGGAGCGGUUCAAAACCACCCCUUGUCGAAGAGGAUAAGGAGUUCCUGGAGAGGAAGGAUAGGGUGCACGAUCUGGAGCAGCAACUCAGCAACUCUUCUCAACAGGCUGAAUCACUUGUUAAGGCUCAGCAAGACAUGGGAGAAACGAUGGGAGAGUUGGGUUUAGCUUUCAUCAAGUUGACUAAGUUCGAAAAUGAGGAGGCAGUAUUCAAUUCUCAGAGGGCGAGGGCAGUGGACAUGAAGAAUUUUGCCACUGCUGCUGUUAAAGCGAGCAGAUUUUAUCGGGAAUUGAAUUUGCAUAUGGUUAAGCACUUGGAUACGCUCCACGAGUACUUGGGGCUCAUGCUUGCUGUUCACAGUGCCUUUUCGGAUCGCUCUAGUGCCUUGUUGACCGUCCAGACUCUUUUGACAGAAUUAUCUUCACUACAAUCAAGGUCAGAAAAACUGGAAGCAGCUUCAUCGAAGAUAUUUGGUGGUGACAAGACGAGAAUUCGCAAGAUGGAGGAGUUAAAAGAAACUUUAAGAGUCACCGAGGAUGCUAAAAAUGUGGCGAUCAGAGAAUAUGAACGCAUCAAGGAAAAUAAUAGGACUGAACUUGAAAGGCUCGACAAGGAAAGGCACGCUGACUUUUUGAAUAUGUUGAAGGGAUUUGUGGUUAACCAGGUGGGAUAUGCUGAAAAGAUUGCAAAUGUUUGGGGGAAGGUCGCAGAGGAGACAAGUGGGUAUGUGAAAGAGAGCAUCUGAACUGUAAAUUCGAUCUUAAAACCUUUUCACCCUCUUUACUUGUAAUUCUAUUCGUGUACUCCUUAGGGAUCUGCUCAGGACAUUUUGUCAUUAAUAAUGUUUAACACUAGAAAUUUAGGCAUCCUCUUUUCUGAGAAACGGAACAAAGAAAUGGAGAUGAAAAUUUGUAUUUGCAACAAAGGCUGUUACAUGAACCUGGCGCUCAUUGAAGUUGAGUUGGUAUAUGUAUACAUUUUUUGAUGUUUUGGGACA